GAAGAGGAACCAGAUCAGAGAAGCGAUCGGCUGAACGUCCACCUAUGUUGACGCGUUUGUUUACUUGAAUUACCUCGUGCUUGCAGUGAAACAUUUAUUGCUACUGGAGGGUAUUGUUGACGGAAGAUUAACUCGUUUACAAUUAAUUUAAGGGUAGAAUUACUCGAGGAAAGCGCCGCCUACGCCAGGUAGGCUGGAAGAGGAGGAGGAAACGCCGCACGCUGAAGUAGUUUCUCGAAACUACUGCCAUUACUUCGAGUACUGUUGAAUGUAAUAUAUCUAAAUGCAUCAGGAGGCGACAAUGAAUGUUACUCAGAGCAUUGAGCUGAGUAACUACAGGGACCAGCACUUCAAGGGCUCUCGAGCGGAACAGGAUCGAUGUCUUCGAAAUUCAACCACCUUGUAUGUUGGUAAUCUCUCUUUUUAUACAACAGAGGAACAGCUCUAUGAGCUCUUUGGACGUGCUGGUGAUGUUAAGAGAAUAGUCAUGGGAUUAGACAAAUAUAAGAAGACUCCUUGUGGAUUCUGCUUUGUAGAGUAUUUCACUAGAGAGGAUUCAGAAAUGUGCAUGCGAUAUGUGAAUGGAACACGGUUGGAUGAUCGGAUUAUAAGAACUGACUGGGACGCUGGUUUUGCAGAAGGCAGGCAGUACGGAAGAGGGAAGAGUGGUGGCCAGGUCAGAGAUGAGUAUCGAACAGAUUAUGACAGUGGCAGGGGCGGUUAUGGAAAAAUUGUGCAACAGAAGAUUCUUCCAAAGUUACCUUAGAGAAAAGGACAAUGUUGAUGCUAGAAUGGUAUGUAAAUACCCAAGCACCAUUUAUCAUCAAAUCUACGAAAAAAGAGGGGUACAAAGCAUGUGAUUUUAUCUAUUGUCAGUAAAUUGUAACUAUCAUGGUAACUUUGACCAAAGGAUCUUUAUUUGAUAAAAUUCGUUGUAGAAUUGCUUUGUAUUAAUCUUAAGAAGUCAUAAAUAAUGUAUGCUGAAAUACAUGAAUAUCAUAUAUUUUUGUAAUUUUGAUGCAGUAUUUUGGUUUUUCUUUAUGCUAGCAGAUUGGAGCCUAACUUUAUUUCCAAAUUUCCCCAAAGCCUGGAGAGGUAAAGUAGAAAAUUUAAUAAAAGAUUGGGAAUUCAGAAAAUGUGAUCAAAAUUCAAAAGUAUUGUCAUGAAGAGGAUGACUAUAAAAAGAAGAAUAGAUACAAAGAGAAUUCACUAGUUAUGGGAAGAAAGUUAUUUGAACCCAAAGGUUACCAAACUAGAAAACUGCCUGAUUAUUGUUAUUUAUCCAAGGUGGAGUGAAGAUAUUUGGCGACUUGCAAUUCACUUUUUUAAGGGAGAGUGACAGUGAGGAAAUCUAGUUUAUAGGACAAGUGUUUCUGGACAGUGAUGUGUACAGUCCAUUUUACCUUGAACAAUUGACAAUUAUUGUGAUGAUUAAUAACAUUAAUUUGUAGGGGACUGACAUCUUGAAGUUUGUAUCGACUCUAAGCCAUGUAGUAGUUUGGACAGUCAACUUUUUAAAAGACUUAAACUGAUUAGCAGUUUGGACAGCCAAAUUUAUGGAAGACUGUAAACUGUAUUUUGUUAUAAAAACAGUCAAAAAUAGCUAUAAAGAAGAUGAUAAAAACUAAAUUUCAGAAAUGUCCUCAAAAUCAGAGGAAUCCACCCAAAGACAGCUGUUUGAAAUGUGUUUUAAGAAUCUUGGAGGUAAAGGCAGAUAAUGUUAAAGGGUUGAAUAACUGGCUCAUAGAUUAUCAAAGAGGUUGAAUAUGGUAGAUAAUAUUUAAGGUUUGAGGGGAAUUGGAUAGACCAAAAAAUCAGACUCUUGAGAGAUAGCAUUUGAAAUAAACACACACCUUAGAAAGCCUAUCAGCAUCCUUAAAACAUUUGAUUAAAAUGCUGGAAGUAAAUGUUUAAAGGGGAAUAGUAAAUUAGAAAGCAAUUAUUUUAGUUAUGUUAUCCCAUGCACUGACAAAGACCUUGAGGAAUAAGAAUGUUCCAAGUAAGUUGCCUUACAGAAAUUAUGCCAGUAGUUGAGAAUAAAAGCUAUAUUCACCUAUAAAUUGGCACCAUAUGGUUUUUUUUUAAGAAAUAAUCAGCAGAUAAGGUGUAUGAUUGAAACUUUAUUACAUCAUGUUUUUGUCUGUAUAUUAUGAAUUCAAUUUUCAUUGAUUAAGGUAGCCAUUAUGUAGAUAGUGCUAAUACUUUUUGUUUUUUAAUGUGUUGUUUCCUUAUUUAGAUAUAAGUGGGGUUUUUUUCCAGCCAUCAUACCACCAAAAAAAACUAAGGUUAUAUUAUGGAUAUCCUAGUUCCUGGAUACUGUUUUUUAUUUUAAUAGCAAAGUUGAUGGAGCGUAUCAUUAAUUUUUCCUGCACUGGAUUGAUUAAGGGGAAAUGUGUUUUGAGAGGUGGAUCAAAAUACAUUCUGAAUUUGUA